AACCCUGCAGUAUUGCCAUUUGUGUGAGUGUGAGCUGUUCAGAGUCGUGCAGUGAGCAGACAAUAGAGGAGAUGAUCACAAACACUGAAGUUUAGAGCUAAAAAACAGACAUUUACAUUAGUUGUGCUUGUAGACUCAUGAUAGAGGUCUAAAAUUACUGAAACACCAUCACCAUGGGUAUACGUGACAUUAUGAGGCUGGAUGUGAUGUCAGUUUGGCUUGUGCUGUCAGUGGUGGUGGUCGCAGCUGGCGUCUUUUAUCUCUACAGUCUGAUUCUCAGGCAUUUAGCCAAGACAACUGUGAGGAACAAAGUGGUGCUGAUUACGGAUUCGCUGUCAACACUUGGAAAUGAAUGUGCAAAACUCUUCCACACUGGAGGAGCCAGACUGAUCCUUUGUGGAAGUAACUGGGAAAAGUUGGAGACUCUAGCUGAGAGGCUGAUGAGUGACUCAGAUCCAACACUUACAUUUCCACCCAAACUAGUGGAGCUGGACUUCAGUAACAUGGAGAGCGUUCCUGAGGUGAUCUCUGAGAUCCUGGAGUGUUACGGCUGUCUGGAUGUUCUCAUCUUCAAUAGCAGUAUGAAGGUGAAGGCUCCUGUACAGUGUCUGUCCCUCGAGAUGGACAGGAUCGUCAUGGAUGUGAACUACUUUGGGCCGAUCACACUGGUUAAGGGUGUCCUCCCAUCACUGAUCUCCAGAAGAACAGGUCACAUUCUUCUAGUCAACAGCAUUCAGGGGAAAUUAACGGUGCCUUUCCGUGCCACCUAUGCUGCUUCUAAGCACGCCGUUCAGGCUUUCUUUGACUGUCUGCGGGCUGAGGUUCAGGAAUAUGGGAUAACCGUCAGCACCGUCAACCACACCUUCAUAAAAACUCCCAGCACAAACUCAACGGAUGAAAUCACAGCAAAAUCUGUGUGGACAGACUUCAAACCCAAGUCCCUUGGUGUGACCCCUAAAGAGAUGGCCACUGAGCUCCUGGGGACACUGAGCAGCAAGAAGAAGGAGAUUUUGAUGGCCCGCUCCAUCCCUAAAGCAGCUCUCUAUGUCAGAUCUCUCUUCCCCAACCUGUUCUUCGCCAUCAUGGCAGCAGGAGUCAGAAACACAGCAGCUGUGGAGAUUCCUGAUGACUGAAGGACAAUAGGUUUCACUAGAGCUUAUUUACAUUGUAUACCAUUAAAGAAUGUGUCACUGUGUGGUAGUGGUCGAAUUAGGAGAAAAUUAUCAAGUCAGUAUGAUUGUGGAUUUGCUGUGACUUUGUAAGUCUUAGAAA